GUCUUUUAGGUUGAAAAAGCACAAGUACUAGUACCGGUAGUCCGAUCAGUUGGACUACAAGGGCGGCGUUGAGAUCUCCUGAUUUCUCGAUCAACAGUGCCUUCCAGUUCGAUCACGAACACCCUGGUCCAUGCAGGCACAAUGGGUUACUGGAAAAAUCCAUCUGUGCCUUUGUCGAAGCGGUAUGUUCCUGCGAAGGGUGAGCACAUCGCCAACAUUGUUACGCAGGCGAUAUCAGUUACGAUAGCCGUGCCGCUGUGGCUGUACGUCCUGUCACAAGUAUACAACUCCACGUAUGCGCUGACCGUGUUCUUUCUGCACGGCCUCUCCUACAUCCUGAUGUUCCUCAUCUCUAUGCAGUUUCACAUUGUCAGCCUGUUUGAAUGGGGUACACCAAGGAUGAUCCGCUGGCAUUUGUACGAUCGCCUUGUUAUCUAUUUCAUCAUUGCAGCAGGAUACACACCCUGGUUGACCAUACCACAUUUGCAUGGUCUGGCAGGUAUGCACAUGUGGUGGCUAGUAUGGGCACUGGGCAUCCUCGGUGCUGUCUAUUCCAUCUAUCUGCUAAACUGGUCUAAGGUAUUAGAGACAACAAUAUAUACAACGUACGGAGUGCUGCCGUUCUGGCCCCUCUACACUGCGAUGGUGCCUGGAAUCGAGCAUAUUGUUUAUGGUGGAAUCGCGAUAAUUAUCAUUGGCGUGCCGUUGUUCAAACUUGAUGGCCAUGUUCCCUGUUCGCACGCUCUCUGGCAUGUGUGCGUGUCGGUGGGUUGCUUAUGGCACUGCUGGGCUGCCUACACAUACUUGGUGCCCAUUGCAAUGUUCGCCUAGGCCCAGUUCGGUGAGAUAUGUCCGCCAGCAGAUUUCAAGAUGGCUGACCUGCACUUUUGGAGUUCAUUCCAACCGGCUCCUGUUUUGCAGUCCGAAUGCUUAUGUCCGAGGUCAAGCUUGGUACUUCUAGUAAACUCUGCUGCCUUGCGAACGUCACUCUCGUACAGGUCCAUAUAAAUCUUGGCAUGCACCAUGCGAACAACACUCUAGCAUAGUUUUUGGUCGGAAUUCUGGUGCCACCAACGGUGAGGCUGCUUGCUAGCAAUGCAGUUACCGCCUUGUGCACCAAUAACACUUCACAACACUUCACAAAACUUGAGGCUUUCGACUUGAUGAUAAUUUAUUUCCUGGAUGUUCUUAGGGGUCCAGAUCUAGUAUUCAUUUUCCUAUUCUACUUCCAAGUACAAAUUUGUCGAGCGGACUUUAUUUAAACGUUUAGGAAUUUAGUCAAGUUUUCGAGUACUCUAGCACUGCUUUGUUAACCAAGCUGCUGGUUAAUGAUUGCAUGUUGAAUUAUUAUUAUUAUUAUUAUAGUGGCAGCCCAGUGGUCUAUUUUUAUACUAACAAUUCUUUAAUUUAUCCCUAGCCUUUAUUUAUUGGCACAGACAGUCAAGAGAGAUUGGUACGUCGUGAAAUAAAUACUUUCAUGGAA